CUGCUCGAGGUCUCAUCAGUCUCGCUGAACUCCGCUGACGGGCAAGAAGACGCUGUUCAAUCUGAGGAUGAAGAAGCCUCUGGGGUGAGGCUGUUGGAAGAGGAGGAGUUUUUCGGUGUGUGUUGGAGAGAGUCAGCUUAGAGAUAGAUAGGUCGUGCCCGUUUGUAUGGGGAUUUUUUUUGGAGAUCCAGGAGCAGGAGUGGUAAUGCUAAAGCAGUCUCGCAAUACUCACUGCGCAUUGAGCUCCCUGUGACCGGGUGGAUUCAGAGCAUUGACUCUUUCCUCAUCCAGAGGGACAUUUUAUAACGUGUAUCAUGGCUGUGGCCGGCUGUCCGGAUUAUUUUCUACACCAUCCAAAUUAUCAGCAGGGUAAUGUAGAUCGGGCUGCCAAUCAAGCAGAUCUGAUUGGGCCAAGUUUUCAGCAGUCAACCAGUCGAAACUCACCCAGCCAUCAAGAGGAUGAUGUGGAUCUGGAGGCUCUGGUGAAUGACAUGAACUCUUCCUUAGAGAGUCUGUGCUCCUCCUGUAGUGUGACAGAUGAAUCCACUUCCCUGUUGCACAACGACCAGCCGCACCGGCCCAUCUAUCUCACACAAGCUCAGCCCGCCUCCCCACACCAGAGAUUGCAGCGGUCUCAACCCAUGCACAUCCUCGCUGUCAGAAGACUUCAGGAAGAGGAGCAACAGUACCGAACGUCCUCUCUACCUGCCAUCCCCAACCCCUUUCCUGAGCUCUGCAGCCCUGCUAGUUCUCCUACACUCAGCUCCGCCUCUUUACCUCAAUGUCAGCCCACAGGCAAAUAUAUAAUACAAAUAUUCAGCGAGGAUGGGAUGGGAAAGUUGGUGGAGAUCCCUGCCGACAUGACGGCGCGAGACCUGUGCCAGCUCCUCGUCUAUAAAAACCAUUGUGUGGACGAUAACAGUUGGGCGCUUGUAGAGCAUCAUCCAGCCUUGGGACUCGAAAGAUGUUUAGAAGACCAUGAGCUGGUUGUCCAAGUGCAGGCUUCAAUGACCAGUGAGAGCAAAUUUUUCUUCAGGAAGAACUAUGCCAAAUAUGAAUUCUUUAAAAAUCCUUUGAACUUCUUCCCAGAGCAAAUGGUGGCCUGGUGUCAGGAGACCAAUGGGACCAUCCCCCCAUCUCAGCUCCUGCAGAACUUUUUAAACUCCAGCAGUUGUCAUGAGAUCCAGGGAUUUUUGUAUGUGAAGGAGAUGGGUAGGAAAUCAUGGAAGAAACUGUAUGUGUUUUUAAGGCGGUCAGGAUUGUAUUUCUCAACAAAAGGAACAUCAAAGGAGCCCAGGCAUUUACAGCUACUUGCAGACAUGGAGGACAGCAAUGUCUAUACAGUAAUAACAGGCAGAAAGCUGCACAAUGCACCGACUGACUAUGAGUUCUGCAUAAAACCUAACAAAGUGAGGAAUGAAGUGAAAGAACUGAGGAUGUUGUGUGCGGAGGAUGAACAGAGCAGAAUGUGUUGGAUGACAGCCUUCAGACUCUUUAAGUAUGGAAUUCUUCUUUAUCAAAAUUUCAAGAUUCCUCAGCAGCGAAAAAAGUUACUCUCACACUUCUCAGCACCUAUGAGGAGUGUCUCAGAGAACUCUCUAGUUGCCAUGGAUUUCUCAGGGAGGAUAGGCAGAGUGAUCGACAAUCCCGUUGAGGCUCAGAGUGCCGCUAUGGAGGAAGGACAUGCAUGGAGAAAGAGAAGUCGUCGUAUGAAUAUCCUGGGCAGCCCCAGCCCGCUACACCCCUUAUCAUUAAGUGGAGUCAUCCACAGAACUCAGCUGUGGUUUCAUGGUCAUAUUUCACGUGAGGAAUCCCAUAAGAUGAUCCAUCAGCAGGGCAGAGUGGACGGAAUGUUUCUCUUGCGGGACAGCCAGAGCAAUCCCAAGGCGUUUGUACUUACACUGUGUCACCACCAGAAAAUCAAACAUUUCCAGAUUUUACCAUGUGAGGAAGACGGUCAGAUGUUCUUGAGCCUUGAUGAUGGUGCCACCAAAUUCACAGACCUGAUCCAGUUAGUGGAGUUCUACAUGCUGAACAGAGGAGUUCUGCCUUGCAAACUGAAACACCCCUGCACCACUGUGGCCUUAUGACCACCAUUUGCCUGAUUCCACCUAAAAACAAACACUCAGACGCUGUGUGUGUGCUGUGGUGUAAUGCCGUGCUGCUGGGCUGGUGAAAAGCACACUGCGAACAGAGAGAGAGGAAAUCAAAAUAACAAACACAAACAGCAAGAAUCUACUGGAGCAAAUAAAGCUUAUGUGUGAGCUGCAGAAGAACCUCUCUGGCACCUGCAUGCUUGUCCACGGCCGGAGCCGGUUCUCAGGACAAUCAUCCGAAGGGAGUCUUCAGGAUCCACGGUCUUAAUCAUACAGAUGCAUUAGUGGUUUUGAGAAGGCCAGCAGAACACUCAUAAAUCGUACUCUUAGAUUUUAUUUUUGCACUCAUGAACCAGGAUCUAUCAAGCUAUGGCAAUUGUUGCUUUCAUAAAUCAAGCAGGUUUGAUCGCCUCUUUGGAUCUCCUAGAAAGGCCUGUGAGAUGUGGACUGGCGAUUAGUGGAUUCAGUGCUGUGAAUAGACAGUGCUGUUAUACUCAUGCUUUCUAUCCUUUCUCACCCAUGAUCAGUUAAAUUAGUAUUUUUGGACAGGUUUCUUUUACAGUUGGUUAUGUGAGUGUUUAUAAAAGUUGGGGCUAUUUGCUCAUCUUCUUCAUACAUAAAUGCCUUUUGCUGACUGUUAAAUAACUGGUAGGUCCUUCAUCCAUUACAAAACAUAAGCUGCAGCACCCUCUUCUGGUCUUACCAAGAAGUAACAUGUCCUGCCAUCCCUUAAUAGGAUAGUUUAACCAAAAACAAAAACAAUCUGUCAUGUACUCUCUCUCUCUCAUGUCGUUCCAAACCUAUGAAACACUAAAACAUUUUUACACCGCACUUUUUUUGCCAUAGAAUAACAGUUACUACGGCACUAAUAAUAAUAAUAAUAAUAAUAAUAAUAAUAACAAUGACUAUGGCUGUCAAGUAAAAAAAAAAGGUUAAAACAAAACACCAGAAACAUCCAUAAAAGUAUUUUAAAGUCAUACAAUAGCUUUGAUAUAAUCUUCGGCGAAAUGUGAGAUUAUCAGUCAAUAAAUAUCAAAAAGUCAUUUUGUUUAUAAAGCACGUUUUAAAACAGAAGUUGAGCCAAAGAGUCUGGUCAGCUAAAAAAAAUAUAAAUAUAAAGGCAAAUACAUGUAUAAAAAUAUUAAUAAAUAAUUUUAUUUAAAAAUGUAAUUAAAAAAAAUCUGAAGAUUUUGAUUAUAUUGCACAAUUCCUAUAGAAUUAUAAUUUUUUUUUAUGGUGCAUUUUAUUGUGUUUUCUUCUUCUUUUUUUUCUUUUCUUUUUGCCAUUAGCUUGACAGCCCUUGGUUAUAGUAUAUACAUUCUAUAAAUAAUAAUAACAUAUGGGUUUGGACCAACAUAAGGGUGACUAAAUGAUUUCAAAAUAUUUAGUUUUGGUUUAAUUAUCUUUUCAAACAUGGGUACAAGCAGAACAUGGCUUCUCUGCUGACAUCACUACCACAUUUAUCAGGAAUGGUGCCUUGAGUUAGAAGAGGAGUCUAUUAAGUUGAGUGAAAAAUAACCACUAAACCCUCUGCUGGGAGCUCCUCUCUGUCUGCAGUCUAUCUGGAGCAACACCAACAAACUGGAAUCUUUCUCCGUACUUGGACGAUUGUCUUGAGGACAGAACACUGUGAAGCCUGAGCUACAGAACACCCACAGAACAGUGGGGUUCCAAUUUAUAUUCUGCCUUGUCCAUGGUAGCAGUAGAUACAAACUGAUUUGCAAAGAUAUUUUUUGUACUUGACGCAAUGUAAAGUAAGAGCCAUCUUUUUAGUGUGUACCUAUAAUGUAUUAAGCUAGAUUGAGAGGGCAUAGCCACCAUGUCUACAAGUUACCCAAAAUACCUUUACACAGAGAAAAUGCAGAUGAAGCAAUCAUUUUUACAUUUUGUUUCGAAAAGUUUAUUUAUUUAUCUGGAUUUGAAUGAUUACUUGAAAUUUUGUUCAAUGUUUUUCACAUUUACAUAAACUCUUUGGACCUCAGUUAACUAGGGAACUGGACCCCCUUUCUUGCACCGUCUAACAAACUGCAAAGAAUCAUUUUCUAAGUCUGUAGUUUUGUCUUGUUUUCCAGUACAAAUAUCUAAACAUCUUUAAAACAAGUCAAAUUUACUUAAUUUUUCUUACCUCAUUGAUGUAUAGUUUUUUCUUCUUGUUGUUUUAAACAUAAAUAUAACAAAAUUUAGUGUGGUUUAUGCUUACAAGACAAAUCAAAAAAUAAACUUGACCCUCGGAGACACAGGGUAACUUCCUGAAGCGGCACAGGGGAAGGUAAACACACUGGAGCCGAUGCAAAAAUGUCACCGAAACAAUCGGAAACAACAAUGCCAACUCCGGUGUGAUUAUCUUGGAAAAAUCAAGAGUUUCCUGUAGACUGCCAUUGUUUUCUGAAGUCACUAAAUAUAUUCCACAAUAAAAUAAGCUUAAAAUUCAUGAUUUUUAUAAUCAGUGGCUUCCUAAAGACAUGUUCAAGGAGGCUUCUCAAGCAAAUGUAUCUUGUUUUGUGCAGAUAUUGGUGUAUAUUUUACUGGAAAACAAUUUUAGUUUGCAUACUGUAUGUUGUUGCUUAAGUUUAUGUUCAAAAGUGCGGUGCAGGGUAACAUGUCAAGAAAAAUACUUUUUGUAGUUGCUAUAAUACUUUGCCAACAUCCUUCUGAACUCUGAUAAUCUUAUCUUUUUUUAAUUCCCACCAAGUUACAACUAGUUUAGAAAAAGAGUAGUUUAGUUAAGGAUAUGACAUCAUUCUCUCUUAAUGCUUCCUCUUUGAAUGAUUUAGCCACAGAAAGAGACCGCAGGGCUUAAAUCAGCACUAUUAUCAUUCACUUGAAAUGUUCGGAAUAUUUUGCUCAGUGGUCCGUGUUAAGUGCUCAAUUAAUUCAAGCCUUUUUUGAGAUUAAGUGUGUGUGAAUGUUGAUUUAACUGCAGUUAACCUUGUCCUUUGCUUCGGAUGGGUCUUAACUUCAGCAAACACUUUAACACAGACACACACAAGCUCUCUUUUAUCUUUAUUUUUCAGGGUUUGAUACGUUAAGCUAUACAAUCAGCCAGCCAAGAACUGUAUAUUUCAUUUAUUAUGCUAUUGAUUAGCAUAUUCUGCAAGCAGUUUUCAUAUACUGUAAUUCUAGUGUGACGAUAUAUCAGAAACAUGGAUGUAUUUAGUUGAGAUAUAGAAGGUUUUGUGAAAAGAUUAUGAUUAUGGAUUUUGCCAGAUAGGAAGUUAUAGGUUACCUAAAGGCAAGUUUACUUUGUUACUGGUGAAUCAUUUGUGUAAGAAACUUCACCUUGUAGGUAGUUUGAGUCCAUUUAACUCUUAAUCUGCCUGUUAAUUAGUCCGUUCUUCAGUUUACAGUGAUUGUGAGCAUGUUGGGUGUGAUGUCUGUUCACAUUUCCAAUCUCUCUGGACGUAGUUUCUUAAUGAACAGUAAUGCGUUGCAAUCACAGUGUCCGUUGUUUCGUCGUUUCAUCUUUUUAUGUUUUACUAUACCAUGUAACAUGCAGCUCAACAGGACAGCUUACACUCAAUUCGUAUACAGUUUUUUUACUCUGUAGAUAUCACACUGAAUUUUUGGAUGCAGAUUUAUUUUACACAAUGUCAUAUAAAAUGAAGAAACUUGACUUCUUUUAGUGCAUUUUUAUUGUUUGUUUAAAUGUGUAAAUACUGAAUCUAUUCCAUUUUAAGUUGCUUUGUCAUGCUAAUUGAAAGAAUACAGUAUGUUGUGUUUGGAUCGAGCUGACUCAUUUGAAGGUCGUCAUUAAGCUAAAUCGCUGUUUUAAAAACUCCCUUAUUCUCACAAAUACAAUUAUUUUUGAAAAUGCUAACAAAUGUAUGCCUUGUAGAUACUGUAGCAUAUGUUGCUUUAAAAUGAAUCUAAGAUGGAAUCUUUUGGCAUUUUCCCACCAUUGUCGAAAGAAGCUGGUUGCAUCAUAUGCGAAAUGUGUGAACUGAGAGUAUAACGGUGAAAGAAAUAAAUGUCAUUUUUUUUAUUUAAUGAAAUGAAUGUAACUGGGUUGCUCAGGGUUGAUGUGGAGGCUGUUUAAAACUGGUCCUGUGGACCAGCAGGACUUCUCCUGUAUAUUGUCUUUUUAUUAAACUAACAGUCUACUUCUUUUUAUUGAGUCUUUGACAACACCAAACUGUUUGUUCGACACUCUGUUAAUUUCUUUCCUUUCUUAGUGAGUCUCUGGCCUUCAAAAUACAAAAGAAAAUUACCGGAUAAGAUGUGAUGUGUCAUAAUGCCUCCAUUUAGAGAGCGACCGAUACAAUACCAAUUACUUUUAUGUCAGAUAACCGAUUGAUUGUUUUAUUUCUGGAUUUACCACAAUAAUGGCUAAAUCAUUUAUUACUAUCUUCUAAAGAUCAACAGCCUGCUUUAUGAAACUACUUUUGUGCAUAUUCAACAAAGAACUGUUUAAUUGGCAAUAAACAAAUUAUUUUAUUAAUUAAUUAACUCUUUUGGAUUCGUUCAUUUUGCACAGUUAUCUUCCACUUUGUAAGUCCUUCUUUGUUUUGGACUAUAUCUAACUUUUAUCAGUAAACCUGACAUUAAAGAACGAAUAACAGAUUACGAAAUGAUCAGUCAAACAGAUUAUCGGUCUUUCUCUACUUUCAUCUCCGCGGUCUGUUUCUUAAAGCUUAUGAAUAUCAGGUGCCUCAACCAUCCUUUGUUACUCUCUUUACUAAUGUAGACCUGAGAGGUUGUUCCUACUCAGGUUUUGGUUACUGAUCUAGGAUUUGUGAUCAUUUAGUUGCAGUUUUGAUGAAGGAAGAGGUCAUGCUUUGCAUUAGUGUACAUGUUCUAAUUAUACAUGGCAGAUGCUGAGACAUUUUAAUGAACAACAUAAUUAUAAUUGUAUUAUAAUUAUUAUGUGGCUCUAAUUUUAAACAUUGCUAUUGCCAUUCAUAAUAAUAUUAAAAAGGUGCAAUGUGUAACCAUGGGUACUGUAAUGUAAAGCAAGCAGACCUUCUGCUCUGUGAAAAGAUACUCACAAUUAUCUCAAUCUUUUCACAACUGUCAUUAGUAUUUCCUGAGCUUUGCGUAUGUUUUCUGAAUGCAAAAAAAGAUAAUGACUGAGAACGUAAGUUGAUAUAUUGUAAGUAUAUUCAAUUUCAGGGACUGAAACACACAAAAAAAGUUUCUCCUUUUCAUAUUCUGUGUUCAUAAUGUGUUCUGCUUGCUUCUGUAAACAGCUGAAUGGCUUACAAAUCCUUAUUGUAACCUAGUCAGUUAUUUUUGUACAAAUAAGGGACUUAUAUAUUCUGUUUAGAAUAAAACAUUAAUUCAUUGCUAUAUAUCAUUGUGUGUUGAUAUCAUCUUGGCAAACAAGCAUCACAAACACUUAUAAUAUUCAUAUAAUUAGGAGGCCAACACUGAAAACUACAUGUAUUUGGAAAUGAGCAGCAUAUUAUAUUUGGAUGUGCUGUAGGCUUUUGUAAGAUACUACAUUUUAAGGGAACAGCUCUUGAUCAGCAAAUAUCCUCUACCAAUGUAUGGCAGUGAUAGGAAAGGGAGUUAUAUUGUAUAUGUUAUACACAGUGGUUCAAAAGUG